CCGGCUGCCUGCUCCGAGCCCGCCGCUGCAGCCCGCCUCCUCAGCCUCCGUUCUCCUUUUUAAUUUGCCUUUUUUUUUUUUUAAACCGUUAUUUCAUUUUUAAGAAUUUUAUUAUUAUUAUUAAUAAUAAUUUUAAUCCGUUUAUUUUGGUAUUGAUGCUCUCCGAGCGGGAGACUCCGGGAGACGCGGUCCUCACCUGAGCGAGCCGGCCCCAUUCCCCCGUUUGAAGGCUGUUAAUGGAGAAGAGGGCGGAUGACAGCCGGGACCGUGGUCAUCACAGGUGGAAUAUUAGCGACUGUCAUUUUACUCUGUAUCAUCGCCGUCCUCUGCUACUGUAGGCUCCAGUACUACUGCUGCAAGAAGGAUGAAUCCGAGGAGGACGAGGAGGAGCCCGACUUCGCCGUGCACUCGCACAUCCCUCCGCUGCACUGCAACCGCAACGUAGUGCUGACCAACGGCCCCUCCCUCUACUCCUCAUCCCCCUUCACCAAAAAAUCAACCCAGAGCCGGCCCAGCUGCCCCAGCUGCGCUCCCUACGAGCCCCCCACCUCAUUCCUCCAAGAGCCCCCCACCUCCUUCCUCCAGGAGUCCCCCACCUCGUUCCUCCAAGAACCCGCCACCUCCUUCCUCCAAGAAUCUCCUACCUCUUUCCUCCAAGAACCCUCCACCUCGUUCCUCCAAGAAUCCCCUACCUCAUUCCUCCAGGAGCCCCCCACCUCAUUCCUGCAGGAGCCCCCCACCUUCUUCCUGCAGGAGCCCCCCGAGGAGCUGCACAACGGGGGCGACAGGGUGAGCUACAAGACGGUGAGCCAGGAGGAUCUGGCGCUGCCGGUGUCGGGCCUGCAGGCCCUCAACCCCAACCGGCUGUCGGCCAUGAGGGAGGCGUUCUCCCGCAGCCGCAGCAUCAGCACCGACGUGUGAGGA